CUACCGUCCUUAAUAGAGAGGUUGUCCUUAAUAGAGAAGUCUCUGCUAAGGGAGGUUCCACUGUACAUGUAAAGAGUUGGCCCUGGUCUUGUUGUUAUGGUUACUUUGGUAAUCACUCCAAAUCAUACCCAUCUGGUCUUGUUUAGGGGAUGUGCAUUCCUGCUGGCUGCUAAGUGCCAUCUAGAGGAUUUAUUGAGCUGCCUGACAUGCCUUAAGGGGUUAAUGGCAUGAUCUGGAUUCAGCAUCCCACAAUCCCUCUACUGGCAAAGUAAUAUUGAUUUAUUGUAUCCCAUUGUGUGCCCCAUUUCCUAAUGUAUCCAACCAUUUGACUCAUGCUAAAAACCAGACCGAGGCAUUAACAACGCUGAGUAAUCAAGAGUCUUGCUUCACAGCCAAGGGGCCAGGGUAGUCAGUUGUAGCACAACUCCAGCAGCCGGUUGGUAAAAUUCAUUGGCACGCGCAGGUUUUUAGUUUUAUCAGCAGAAGCACCCAAAAUUUGUUUGGAGUCUUUCAUGUUCAACUUUAUGGUUUAUGCAGUCCUGUCAGUAGUUUACAUCGUGCAUAUUUGGUUGAUAAUUCACAAGCAGUUAGAUUGUGCUACCAGCCAAUAUAAUUAUUAUCAGAGCAGAUGGUAGUAGAAGCAGACGACCUGUAGGGUGUGGUUUUGCCAGCAAACCUCUAGGAAUUUCCAUUGGGACGUUAUUGUUACAUAUCAUCGCAAACUUCAGAUACAUUCAAAAGGAAAUUUCAGAUAAUUCCUAUUGUGAUACUAUUUUUGAUUGAUUCUGCAUAUUUGUGACCAUAUUGCAUUUGCCAACGAUAAGGAUAUUUCCAUUCAAUCUGCUGAGAAAGAGCCUGUUUCUUGAUUCAUAUCAUUUGGAUAAGAACUCUCAGUUGGUGUGAUUUCUUGAAAUAACUCUAUACUUGAUUGAAAAUGGGAGAUUCAGAGGUAGAAACAACAUCUGGCGCAACUGCUGUGACUGACACAGUUGUAUGUGUGACAGGUGCGUCCGGUUUCAUCGCGUCUCACGUGAUCAAGCAGCUGCAGGAGCAGGGCUAUCGUGUGCGAGGGACAGUACGUAACCUAGAGAAUGAGGAGAAACUGAAACCACUGUACGAACUCGCUCCUGAGGCUGAUCAUAAAUUGGAACUUGUCGAGGCAGAUCUUUUGAAAGCAGAGACAUGGGAGCCAGCUAUUAAAGGUUGCGAUUAUGUGAUUCAUGUUGCUAGCCCAUUCCCAAAUGCCCAACCAAAAGAUGAGAAGGAGGUGAUAGAGCCAGCUGUUGAAGGAACCAAGAACGUAUUGAAAGCUUGUGUAGUAGAAAAAGUGAAACGGGUCGUGCUCACCAGUUCAUGUGUAGCAGUGUCUGGUGGUCUUACGGCCAAUGAUCCCGAAAAAGUAUUUGCAGAGGAAGAUUGGUCAGACCCAGAAAAAGUCACGGAAGCAUAUACGAAGAGCAAAACAUUGGCAGAAAAGGCUGCGUGGGAUUACGUGAAAGAAUUGUCAGUUGAAGACAAAAUAGAAAUAGCAACUAUCAACCCUGGUUAUGUUCUUGGACCUGUAGUUCAUGGUACCGCUGGAACAAGUACAGAGCUGUGCCGGCGAUUGUUAGAGCGUUCAAUGCCAGCAUGCCCAAGACUUAAUUUCCCAAUUGUGGAUGUGAGGGAUGUAGCCCUGGCUCAUAUCAAAGCCAUGACAUCGGAGGAAGCUGCUGGUCACCGCCAUCUUCUUGUUGGCUCCAACAUGUGGCUGAGGGAGAUGGCCCAGAUCCUCGCCAAGGAGUUCAAACCUAGAGGAUACAAUGUCCCCACGGCAAACUGCCCCUACUUCGCUGCGUGGAUCUACGGUCUCUUUGACAAGACAACUAAGAUGGUGUUGCCUAAUAUUGGAAAGGUUACCAAGUUUGACAAUACUAGAAUGAAGGAAAAGCUUGAGAUCGAACCACGCAACGCUGAGGAGACCCUGCUUGAGAUGUGCAACAGCAUGAUUGACAAGGGCAUGGUGAAGAAACCCAAGCCAAAGAAGGAGAAGAAGAAGAAGGAAGUCACUGAGCCGGCAGAGGCUGGGGAGGCCAAGGAUGACAUGGAGGUGAAGGACAGUGAGGAGAUCAAGGACAGAGACGAAAAGAAACAAAAUGGUGGCGUUGAUAAGGAAAAGGAUGGUGAAACUGCGACCGAGAAGAAUGAGGGAAAAGGAGAAGAAAAGAAAGAAGAAAUAAUAAAUGAGGAGAACAAGAAAGAAGAAAUCGAGGAGAAAAAAGAUGAAGAAAAAGAAGGAGAGAAAAAGGAUGAAGAAAAAUAGAAAAUUACCUUUCUCGUGUGAAAAAUGGACUAAUCUGUUUUACGAGGAAUGUGUAAAAUGGAUGCUCUUAUUUUGGUAUAGAAGGAAUUCAGGUUGGACUUUGAAAGUCAAUGUAGGAUUUUCAAAGUUGGAUUUCGAAUUUUAAUCAUAGAAUGAAAUGGGAUAUUGAAAGACUUAAAUAACAUUUUGAAAUUCACAAAAUGUCAAUUUGAAAAUUAUUUUAAAGUGAAGAUUGAUUGAGUCUUUCAUCCAGACCCAUGAUGAAUCAAUGGAGAUACAUGUAGGUCACCAAUCAUUCAAGUCAUUAGUGUUGGUUUAUUCAUUUUACCUUGAAUAUGUUUUGAAGAUAACAAGUCUCAUCUAUUUAACUUUUGGUUUCAUUUUAGGAGAUUUGUGAAAAUCCAAACUGAAAAUAUUUGUGCAAAGUCGUGCGCUUUCUUGCAGUUUGAUUGUCCAUUGUCAAAUAAACUUUUUUGUACUCAUGGUGGUUCCUAUUGUAUGCUUUCACUAACUAAUGAGAUGUCUAGCGCAAUGCUUGCUAAUUCUUUGCCAGCCAAACAAGAUCUGCAACAACCACAAAUGUGCAUCCCCUUCCUGCCAAACUCUUUCUGAAAAACAUUUCACUAACACACCAGAUGUUGUGGCGUACUGUAAUAGGAAAGUUAAUACUGGUAGUAAUGCAUGCUGGGCUUUGAAACGGACUGGCGUUUUGACUAGCUAGUGACAUUUUUUUAUUAGCUCAGGAGACGGAAGUUAGCAGAGCUGGUAGAAUAACUGUUCAAAUUCUGUCUGUCCAUCCAUCCGUCAUCAUGGGGUGCACGUUUUGUAACCAUAAGACCUAGGGAUUGCAACUUGAUGUCUAAGUUUAGGGAAUAGUUUUCUCUGAUCAUUUCUGAUUUGACCUACAUGUCAAAGUUUAGGGAAUAGUUUUCUCUGAUCAUUUCUGAUUUGACCUACAUUGAGACAGCUUUGUUUAUAAAGGCUUAUCUCACUUACUUGAGAAAGAAUAGUGUUCAGUUUUUAAAAUGUUUGCUUAAAUUCACUUCAGCACAUGGGUUAACAUUUUUUUACGACCAGGGCAAUUUAUAUUUUGUAAUUUAUGUAAUUUUUUAUUUGGUAUAGUGGAUUUUCGCAGAGAAAUCUGAUCAAUUCCGUUGACCUGGCUUGUUGGUAUCCAUAUGCGUAGAUGGGGACGGGGUUAUGACAAG